AUGUUAGUUGCCUGUGGAUUGUUUAACUCAAUUGUAGAGGACCUGAUGAUGCUCUAUUUGGCUGAAGGACCUUUGAGUGGACCACAGGAUUUAAACUUUAUAGCUGAGGAACCUGUUGUUCCUGAAAUUAUUGUUGAUGAACUGAAUAACUUUUGGACGCCAGGCAGGGCUGUCGCCAUCACUUGUAUGAGUGUGGCCUUGUUGGCUGGCCUGGCAGUGGCUGUUUACCGGAGAUGUCGACGACUUGGAAAUUACAUUCACGAAUUGGAAGAAGACCUGAAAAUGGAACGAACCGAGGUGGCCAGACUGAGAGAUCGUCUGGAAACUCAAGAAGAAGAAAACUUGAAGAAGGAGGAACACCUGGACGAGAUGAUCCAUGACAUCCAGUUGAUGGGACUCCAGCGAGGACGUCUGGACACCGAGAAGAUGAUGCUGGAAGACGUUCUGGAAAAGAGUAAGAUCAAGGAAUGUGAAAUGGAACGUCUCUUGAACGAAGCAAAGGAACAGAUCGAGUUUCUACAAAAUCAAAUUGUAGACAAAGAUCUUCUGAUAGAACGGAAUGCGCUGGAAAGAAAAGAAAUGGAUAGUCGACUGGAAGAAGAGGAGAAAUCUAGAGGCAGAGACAUCCAGAUUCUGGAAAAAGAGAGGAAUCUUUUCCAGGAGAAGAUGGAAAGCGCUCUAAAGGAAGGAACAGAACUGGCCUCGCGAUUAAAGGAAGCUGAAGCCACCAAUCGAGUGUUGGCUUCGGCAAACGAAGGCUUCAACACGUUAAAUGCCCAAAUGCGAGACACUCUGGAAAAGAAAGAGAAUGAGGUCGACCAGCUGAAAAAUUUGAAGGAAGCCUCUGCACAAGAAAUAGCCUGCCUGCAAAAGAGGAAUGGAGAUCUCGAGAAGGAAAUCGAAAAGAAUCAGGAAGAAAAGGAGAAGAACAGAGUUUUGAACGACGAAGUUCAGCAAUUGAGAAACUGGGUUGCUGAACUAGGAGGUCAAAACGCUAAAAUGGAGGAGGAACUGGCCAGAAAAGAAAUAGAAAUAAAUUCACUGAAGGAUUCUUUACAAAACGGAGAAGCAGAUAAUAGAAUUUUGAAAGAAGAAGUUCAGCAGAUGAGAACUUGGGUAGCUGAACUAGGUGGCCAAAAUGCUAAAAUGGAGGAGGAGUUGGCAAGUAACGAACAGGAAAUCAAGUUGCUAAAGAAUUCCCUAGAAAAUAGAGAAGAAGAGAACAGAAUUUUGAAAGAAGAGGUUCAGCAAAUGAGAACUUGGGUAGCUGAACUGGGCGGUCAGAAUGCUAAGCUGGAGGAGGAACUGGUCAGUAAAGAAAUAGAAAUAAAUUCACUGAAGGAUUCUUUACAAAAUGUAGAAGCAGAGAAUAUAAUUUUGAAAGAGGAAGUUCAGCAAAUGAGUAACUGGGUAGCUGAACUAGGCGGACAGAAUGCCAAGAUGGAGGAGGAACUGGCCAGUAACGAACAGGAAAUCCAGUCACUAAAGAAUUCCUUAGAAAAUGGAGAAGGAGAGAACCGAAUUUUGAAAGAAGAAGUUCAGCAAAUGAGAAACUGGGUAGCUGAACUAGGCGGACAGAAUGCCAAGAUGGAAGAAGAAUUGGCCAGUAACCAACAGGAAAUCAAGUUGCUAAAGAAUUCCCUAGAAAAUGGAGAAGGAGAGAAACAAAUUUUGAAAGGAGAGGUUCAGCAGAUGAGAAACUGGGUAGCUGAACUGGGUGGUCAAAACACUAAGCUGGAGGAAGAAUUGGCCGAUAAAGAACUGAAGAUAAAAUCACUGAAGAAAUCCCUAGAAGAUGGAGAAGGAGAGACAAGAAUAUUGAAAAAAGAAGUUCAGCAAAUGAGAACUUGGGUAGCUGAACUAGGUGGCCAGAAUGCCAAGAUGGAGGAGAAAUUGGCCAGUAACGACCAGGAAAUAAAUUCACUAGAGGAUUCUUUAGAGAAUGAAAAGAAGAGGAACAGAAGUUUGAUUGAAGAAGUUCAGCAGAUGAAAAAUUUUGAAGCUGAACUAGGAGGCAAAAAGGCCAAGUUGGAAGAAGAGUUACUUCAUAAAGAAAGGAAAAUAAGGUUCACUAAGAACUUCUUUAGAAACAAUGGAGAAGAGACCAACAGAAUUCUGAGAGCAGAGGCUCAGCUGGUAAGAAAUUGGGCAACUGAAGUUGAAAGUGAAAAGGCUGAAAUAAAGAUAGAGUUAGUUGAGAGGGACCAGGAAAUAACUCUUUUGAAAAACUGUUUAGAAAAUGAAGUAGAGAAUAACAGAAUUUUGAAAGAGGAAUUUGAGCAGAUGAAGGCGUGGCUGGCUGAAUUGGAAGGUAUAAAUUUAGAUAUUAAAAGUGAAGUGAACCAAAAGGAUAAAAUGAUAAAGUCCAUGGAGAAUGCUCUAGAGAAUGAAAAGGAGAGAAAUAAAGAGUUAAAGAAAAAGUUGCUGAAGCAAGUUGAAAGACUUGAUCAAAUCAUAGCAUUCACCGGAACCAUGGACAAAUAA